ACCUUGGUGAACCCCGGCUACGCCGAGCCCGCCGCAGGCCCCGAGCUGCCUCCCGACAUGACGGUGGUGCCCGGGGACCACCUGCUGGAGCCGGAGGCGGCCGACGGCGCCGGGGACCCGCCUCAGGGCGGCGGGGACCGCUACGAGCCGCUGCCGCCCGCGCUGCCGGACGCCGGCGAGCAGGACUGCUGCGGGGAGCGCGUGGUGAUCAACAUCUCCGGGCUGCGCUUCGAGACGCAGCUCAAGACCCUCUGCCAGUUCCCGGAGACGCUGCUGGGCGACCCCAAGCGGCGCAUGCGGUACUUCGACCCGCUCCGCAACGAGUACUUCUUCGACCGCAACCGGCCCAGCUUCGACGCCAUCCUCUACUACUACCAGUCCGGGGGCCGCAUCCGCCGGCCCGUUAACGUGCCCAUCGACAUCUUCUCCGAGGAGAUCCGCUUCUACCAGCUGGGCGAGGAGGCCAUGGAGAAGUUCCGCGAGGACGAGGGCUUCCUGCGGGAGGAGGAGCGGCCGCUGCCCCGCCGCGACUUCCAGCGCCAGGUGUGGCUGCUCUUCGAGUACCCGGAGAGCUCCGGGCCGGCGCGGGGCAUCGCCAUCGUGUCCGUGCUCGUCAUCCUCAUCUCCAUCGUCAUCUUCUGCCUGGAGACGCUGCCCGAGUUCCGCGACGAGAAGGACUACCCCGCCUCGCCGUCGCAGGAGCUGUCCGAGGCGGCCGGCAACAGCACGUCGGGGGCCCCCGCCGGACCCUCCAGCUUCUCGGAUCCCUUCUUCGUGGUGGAGACUCUGUGCAUCAUUUGGUUCUCCUUCGAGCUGCUGGUGCGGUUCUUCGCUUGCCCCAGCAAAGCCACCUUCUCGCGAAACAUCAUGAACCUGAUAGACAUCGUGGCCAUCAUCCCUUAUUUCAUCACUCUGGGCACCGAGCUGGCUGAGCGACAGGGCAAUGGACAGCAAGCUAUGUCCCUGGCCAUCCUGAGGGUCAUCCGGCUGGUGCGGGUCUUCCGCAUCUUCAAGCUCUCCCGCCAUUCCAAGGGGCUGCAGAUCCUGGGGCAGACGCUGAAGGCUUCCAUGCGGGAGUUGGGGCUGCUCAUCUUCUUCCUCUUUAUCGGGGUCAUCCUCUUCUCCAGCGCUGUCUACUUUGCCGAGGCAGACGACCCCACUUCGGGUUUCAGCAGUAUCCCGGAUGCCUUCUGGUGGGCAGUGGUCACCAUGACGACAGUAGGUUACGGGGAUAUGCACCCAGUGACCAUAGGGGGCAAGAUUGUGGGGUCACUUUGUGCCAUCGCUGGUGUCCUAACCAUUGCUUUGCCAGUCCCUGUGAUUGUCUCCAACUUCAAUUACUUCUACCACCGGGAGACCGAAGGAGAAGAGCAAGCCCAGUACAUGCACGUGGGGAGCUGCCAGCACCUCUCCUCUUCAGCCGAGGAGCUCCGAAAAGCAAGGAGUAACUCGACUCUGAGUAAGUCGGAGUAUAUGGUGAUCGAAGAGGGGGGUAUGAACCAUAGCGUGUUCCCCCAGACCCCUUUCAAAACGGGCAAUUCCACUGCCACCUGCACCACGAACAAUAACCCCAACUCCUGUGUCAACAUCAAAAAGAUAUUUACUGAUGUUUAAUGUAUGAUACAAGUGACAUGCUGUGCUCUGUAUUGUGUGACCCGUGCCCCCUUGGUCUGUGUAUGCCCUUGUUUUAUACAUUUCCAGACCAUUCAUCAAGGAAAGGACAUGAGGAAGUGGAAAGCACACUUCAUUCUCCCUCUCCCUACUGCUUCAUACUGAAACAGGUGUCUGUUUUGCAAGUGGGCUGCAUUCUCUCAGCUCUUCUUUUUCUCCCUCUCUCUUAAUAUUGCAAACAGCAAACUUAACUUGAAACUUGAUUUCUAGUACACACCCUAUUAAAAGAAAAAAACCCUGUACAUCCUGGGAGGAAAUGAAACUACAGAACAGAGUAACUAUUUAACCUCAGAAUUAAAAGCUAGCUGUUUUUUUACUCAGUAAUGCAGGCACAUACUUAAGUGAUGCUUCCGUUUGGUGGACCCUUCAACAGUAUUGGAUAUUUACUUGCCUACGCGAUGGAUAUGUGGAUGGAAAGUCUAAUCAAAAUGAUUUAUAAACCCACCAUAAGUUUAUUUGGUUUUUCACUGGAAUUUCCAUUUGAACCCUCCCUCCCAGAAGUUUAAGGAUCUGUACAACUUUGAACAAAGGAAAUUCCCUAGAUGUCCUGAUCUGACUAAGUCAGUUAACUCUGGGGCUUGUUAGGCAUUUUGAAAGUAUUAGACUAACAGAUUCCUGUGAAGUUCUGUGUGUGUGUGUUCCAGCCAGCAUCUAUACAAGUCUGGAAACAGAUGUUCUCAGUGCUGCUGAGAGAAACAAAAAAAUGUCUUAAUGCAUCUGAGAGAGAAGCUUCUGCAGUAUCACAAGAAGAUUAAAGUGGCAGACACUCCUUCCAGCGGAAGUUACUAAUUUGGACCUGACUGAUGCAGUUCCCAUAGCAACCCAUGUUUCCUGGGAAACCCGUAAAAGGUUGUCAUGGCAUCUCUUGCUCUCUAGCCCCACCCCCUAGCCCCUGCCGUUUCCACAGUAUCCUUUCCAGAUGGUUCCUACUUACAUGAGUUCCUAAGGAAAACCACUGUUUGAAUAAACUGCACAAAUAAAGUUAAUUGUGAGAGUCCAAGAUGGUGAAAAGAAUCACAAAAUGCAUAUAUUUACCACACACACACACACACACACACACACAAUCAUUGCUAUCAUCCCAUAAUGACUGAAUCGAGAAGGAAAAUAUCUUCUUGGGAAUGUUAGAUAUACACCACAAUCAGUCGUGAUUUGAAUUAAAUGCCAGUAAUUGGGCAAUAAUUUCAAAAGAUGCUUCUUUACUGUUUUUUUUUUCACCAUGGAGUUUCAAGCCAACAAAUGAAAUCCAAAAGCAAAUAUAAAACUGUUCUGUACAUAAGCAAAUGAGAGAUUCAAUGUACCUGAAACCUUCUUAACAAAGGAGCCUUCAGACUUCCUUUAAAAAAAAAAAUCCAGAUUCUACAACAGCACUGUCACCAUUACAGCACUUGAAAAGCUAAAUAAACUUGAAAACUAUGAAGGAUGCACGUUUUUCACUGAGGGAAUUGCAGACAAUCAAUAAAAAGGAGGGACAGGAAGUAACCAAAUCCUGAGGAAAUACCUGAAAGUUUCAGCCGUAUGCCAGGGGUUGCCAGAAGACAGAGAUAACCAGCAUCUUCCAAGUCCUUCCCACCUCUCAGCUGUGAAUAGAAGUGAUAACCCCUCCCACUCAGAAAUGCAAAGAAGCACAUGAGUCCCCCAGUCUGAAGACUUAUGGAAACUGAGAUAGAGAUACCUGAAGAGCCCCACAGAAAGAACUGUCGAACUGCACUGACAGUAGGAUGCUCUUUUUUUAAUUGCCUAGCUCAAGAAUGCAGUGUUGGUCCUUUCGCCAAUAGGUGGUGAUCUGUCUGCCAGCACAUAUUUCUGUUUCAGUUGUCAUUAAAUAACAUGUCUCUAAUAAAUGCUUUAUAUAAAGAAAACAGCUCUGAA